AUGCAACCACCUAAGCCCUUUAUCGGGGCCAUCGGGGGUUCCUUUCUCCUACUUCAGCUGCUGUUUCUGGCCAUGAUGUGCUAUUUAUAUGGAACGGCCUUUCAUGAUACAUCCCGGAUUCAACACAUGAAAGUCCUCUAUGUCGACUACGAUCAAGGUCUAAUUGGCAAGUCCGUCCUUGCCGCCUACUCGCAGCUCCAGAACCCCGGGUUUCCCAGCGUGCAUCAACACUCCCCGAGCGAAUUUCCGUCCACAAACGAUGUUCGCAAAGCCGUCUGCCACGGCCACUACUGGGGCGCAAUCUACGCCAACUCGAAUGCCUCCACGCAACUUUCCAGCGCCCUCGCCUCCCACGAAGCAGCAGAGGCGUACGACAACACGGCCGCCCUGACAUACGUGUGGAACGGGGCACGAUACGCCGCCUACGCGCAAACCAUCUACGCCAGCCUCGAGGCCCUCGUCUCAGCCACCAGCGGCGCGUACGGACACCUCAACGGCACGACAGCGAUGGCGCACGUGAACGUCUCCGACCCAUCCAUCGCGCAGACCCUGCUCGCCCCGAUCGCAGCCUCGGCGAUCGACAUAAAACCCACCAACCAGGGGCCGCGCUUCUUCUAUAACACCGUCAGCAUGGUGAUGCCCAUCCUGAUGCAGUUCUUCUUCAUCAUGGCCGUGAACGGCAUCUCCGCUGAGUUCGCCGCCUUCACCGCCACCUUGUCCGUGACCCGCCACACCCUCGUCCGGGCGUGUCUCUCGCUGUGCUACACCUUUCUCGGCGCCCUCGCCAUGGCCGGCUACAUCUGGGCCUUCCGCGAGGACUGGAGCACCAGCGACGGCAACGCCUUCGGCCGCACCUGGAUGGCCCUCUGGCUCGUCAUGCACGUGAACUAUUUGUGGCUGGACGCCACCACCGUCGUCGUGCCCCCCAAGUUCAUGUCCUUCGUCAUGCUCACCUGGAUUAUCCUGAAUGUGUCCAGCACCAUCGGCCCCUUCGACCUGUCCCCAGGCUUCUAUCGCUGGGGCAACGCCCUCCCUGCCUACGAACUGUACCAGGUUCUGCUGUAUAUCUGGACGGACGGGUGCAAUCGGCCCGCGCUGCAUCAGUCCCUGCCCAUUCUGUUCUCGUGGUGGAUCGUCGGGUGGGCGGUGUUCGUGGUGGGCAUGCGGGCCAGGCUUCUGCGCAACCCAGUCACGUGGUCCAGCGCUUCACCAGGCGAGCUGACUGCCCACGGGCACGCAGAUAACCCGGCUGGCGCCCACAACCCCGAACCCAGGGUAUCGGUCCAUAUUGCCCGUGCCUGCGCUUGA